CAAAAGGGAGCCACGGGUCGAAAGUCCGAAAGAGUUCUCGCCACUGCUGUUCAGUUGCUUUGUCGUCAAUCAAGAGUUUCGACAGACUGCUUCGAGAGAUAGAAAAUGUUAUCCUGGACUGCCAUGACGAAAGACGAGCUCGAGAGGCAGUAUUCACCCAGCCGCUGGUCUCACAGGAUGGCGGCGGACGACGUGAUCAAGGCCCACGUCAAGGCUUUAAAGGAAGGUACAGACCGUGCACGCGUUCUGGCUCAAACUCUACUCAAUGUGCCCUAUGGAGAAGGUGAAGGCGAAAGACUGGACGCCUACAUCCCCACUACCGACUCUCUCGAUGUACCUCUUGUUAUUUACUUUCACGGAGGAUACUGGCAGUUUCUCAGUAAGGAGGAGUCAGGAUUUAUGGCAGUCCCGCUCAUUGAUAAAGGUGUAGUAGUGGUGGCGGUUGGCUACGACGUCGCCCCCAGAGGUAAUAUGGACCUGAUGGUCUCUCAAGUGCGCAGGAGUGUGGUGUCUGUCGUCCAGCAGUAUUCUCACAUCAACGGUCUGUACCUAUGUGGCCACUCUGCCGGCGCUCACCUUGCUGCAAUGAUCCUUUCCACUGACUGGUCGCAGUAUAGCAGCAUGCCUCAAAUCAAAGGUGCUUUUCUUGUCAGUGGUAUCUACGACCUCUUGCCCAUCCUGUCUACCUACGUUAACAAGCCUUUGAAGAUGACGGAGGAAGUGGCCAUAAGAAACAGCCCCAGCAAAUUGAUCCCUCAGCUCAAGCUCUCCUCCUCCAGCUGCCUAAUUGUCGUGGCUGUCGCUGAGAACGACUCACCGGAGUUUCGCAAGCAGUCAGAGGAUUACUACAAUACUCUGAAGGCAACUGGGCUCAAUGUGACCUUGGAGGAUGUGUCGAACACCGACCAUUUCAGUAUCAUAGAGCAGCUGAUUGAUGGGGAUUAUCACCUUACAAAGCUCCUGUUGAAGAUGAUGGGGAAGAGCUGAGGUGGAAGUGUCAUCUAUCACUAUACCUCUGGGGAGACCUGUCAUGCACCCAUCCUCUG